AUGUCUCUCAAUGCGUCUCGUCUGCAGACCAAAACAAGCGCUCCCAGCGGCUCGCGUCCACGCACACCUCCUAUUGUCCCAAUGAACUGGGCUUCCGUCGUCUCUCCUAAGGCCGGCCGUUCGGUCAACCACUCCGAGAACUCUUUCAGGAGUCGCAUAGAGCGACAGGAGGAGCCUGAGAAGGCCGAGAGACGUAAGUCUCACGACUCGCACUAUUCUACCGAGUGCGAAGAACCGGAAUACAAACAUCUCAACGCUGCCGACAUACGCCGCCAAGUCCGCCAGGCUCCCUCGGAGUACUACUCUCGCGGCACCUACCCGCACGCCUACAGAAACAAGCCCCCGAUCCCUCUGCAGGCCGAGCCUGCGUGGACGGAGUUCCCAAUGAAGCCUAGCCCGUCCAAGGGCGACCGCGGCAACAACUACACCGGCGGCAAGCCAGGGCCCAUCCGCGCGAUCUACAACGAUGCAGACCGUGACGUGUUCGACGUGGCGUACCACGACAAGAAGCAUCCUAGCCGCGAGCAGGACGAUGGAAGGCCCUAG